AUGCGACCAGACGGACCUCGGGAUCCCGUCGCGGGGCCAGACAGCGGUCCCGAACCGCCAUAUCCAGUGCGUCUAUCCGGACCCGUGAUCAAGGGUUUUGGACGGGGAAGCAAAGAGCUGGGCAUCCCGACGGCCAAUAUCCCCGCCGAGGGACUCGCGGACUGUCCUGAUCUCCAGAUCGGGGUGUACUAUGGCGUUGUUGCGCUUGAUCCAGCCAAGUUCCAGUAUCAGGAGGGCGAGGGCUCGUCGACAGCAGGAGCAGACGCAAGAACGACAAUUCUGCCAGCUGUGCUGAGUAUCGGGUAUAACCCGUUCUUUAAGAAUAAGACUAAGUCCGUUGAAGUCCACGUCAUGCCACCGCUUUCAUCCCCGUCGCCGACGGCGGAAGGCGCGGGAGCAGCGGGCCAGGUGAAAUUCAACACAUUGCCUGACUUCUAUGGGACGCAGCUGAAGCUGCUGAUUCUGGGGUAUAUUCGCCCCGAGUACGAUUAUGUGUCGUUGGAGGCGUUGAUCGAGGAUAUCCGGGUGGACUGUGAGGUUGCGCGGAAGAGUCUGCAGCGGCCGGCUUACCAAUGUUAUAUUGAUGAGGAUGAGAAGGAGUGUUCGGAUGCGGUGAGGGAGCAGCGGAGGUGGUUGGUGACAUUUUGA